AUGAAGACCUGGAUCCAAUCCAGCCAGUCCCGCUUGGAGCUGCCAGCUGGGGACAUUUUUGAGUUUCAGAGGCACCAUCUCAACAACUUUCGCACCACAAAGAUGGGGAACAUAGGAUACAUCUGGACUGGAGCGGGGGCCAUCCACACCUUCGCCAUCUCUGUAUCCGUAUGUGUCACCGACGAAGCGGACGUGACGGAGUCAUGGGCGCCUCAAUAUCGCGACGAGCGGGAGCCGCUCCUGUUCGUUCCGCCAUGGCCGUGGAAUGUUGUUCAUGUCGCCCGGGCGGGCUUGCCUGAUACGUGGGUGCUCAGCGGCGGCUCCAGCGUCCCCGGCUGA